AUGGGUAAUAUAAACAGCUUGUAUACGACGCUUCCGUCAGAUAUCCAACCGGUAGAGCAAUAUUUAUUAGAUUUAUCAUGUGAAUAUAUUGAAAAGUGAGUUUCGUUCGAUUUAUUUUUAAAUAUCACAUCAUAAUUUAGUUUGGGAAGUACACGGUUCAUGAGGGUUGCCAAAGGAAAAAAUGCAGACGGGAUAUUUGUUUAUAAAGUUUUUGUAAGGCAGGUAAGCAUGUACAUCGUUCUUUCCCUACUCACAAAAUUUACUUAUAAGGACGCUUCAUCAUUGGAUCCGUAUCCUCAAAGGAUGAUGGAAAUAAGGCGAGAGUUAGCCAACGCACCAAACUGCUGUCCAGUGAAACGGGUUCUGGUGAGGGAUGCGAUCCACUUUUCCACUAUAUGUUUCGAAUCAAGGUUCGGCCAAACAUUGCGGUUCUUCUCCGUUGGUAUCAAAAGCAUACUUUGUUUGACCGGCUCAGCACAAGGCCAUUCGUAGUGUAUCCCGAAAAAAUUUGGUAUUGUAAAAUUGUUGCAAAGCGGCCUAAUAUCAUGCUCACAGGUACAUCUACUUAUUAUUCAAAGCCUUGGCACAGUGCGAAGCCAAAGGCGUGUGUCAUGGAGACCUCAAGUCGCAGAACGUGCUCAUUUCUUCAUCGAACUGGCUCCAAAUUACGGAUUUUGCCCCUUUCAAGCCAACCUACCUUCCCCAGGUACAGUUUGGACUGAAGACAUGUUCGCAAUAGUCGAUAUAGGACAAUCCGUCGUCUUUUUCCUUCUUUUUCGACACGAGCCGACGACAAUCGUGUUAUCUGGCGCCGGAGAGGCUCCUUCCCUCCACCGACUACGAUCAUCUAUUCUCGACCAAAAAAGAAGAAUGGCUUUUUGGUGAGACUUUGGUCUAGAAGGGCAAAAAGGGAGGUUCUGAAGGCUCUCUGCGACCGACGAUGGACGUCUUCUCCGCCGGCUGCAUCGUCUACGAGUUGUUUUGCGACGGCCGUCCGCCUUUCACGUACAGCCAGCUCUGCGAAUACCGCUCCAUGACUUCUGGAGAAGCUGCCGCCGUCCUAGAGAAGUUGGUUCUAGAAGAAAAAACGCUCAGAAUUUUAAUGAAAAAAAUAAUUUCAUUAUUCUCAAAAAAAUUCUUUAGUACCACUAUCAGAAAAUGAGUUCUGCAUUCUUUGGAAAAAAAGGCAUACUUUUUUCUCUUACAAAAGUCUGUGAACAAUUUCUUUUUUGAAGGCUGUUGCAAGAUGUUCCUGUCAAGUUUCGCCCUCUGUUGAAGCUUCUGCUUAAUCGCGAGCCCGACAUGCGGUUAUCUGCGAAAAAAGUGGUCAGUUUCUAAGAAAAAACUUUUUUUAUUUCUGAAUGCGUUAGGUGUGAAGGCUAACCAUCAAAAAGCUCCUAAAAAUCUUGUGACAGUUUUCCGAAUUUCUGCCUUAAUAGUAGUAAUCAGCCUUCGAAGAACGUCCCAGCACACUUCUUCAUCGUGAUAAUAAACAUUGAAGCUUGACGGCUGCGCGUUCUCCUUUCCGCCAAUCUUCGAGUCGUUCCUUUUCCGCUAUCUCGACGCUUUCCGUCCCUUGUUCGGCCCCAACACGACCUCUGACGGCAGCGGCGACGAUCUCAGUCAGCCUCUCGAAUGCUCCUACAUCGAGCCCGACGACGUCAUUGCCAAGUUUCCAGAUGAUCAUAAAUUCACUUGGAUGUCUUCAUUCUAGGCUGAAGCGAGAGAAAAAUAUGUGGUUAGCGCAGCUGUCGCUGAACGACGAGACCAAACCGUUCGCCGUCCUUUUCGUGUCGUUGAUCACGGCUAAUAUGCGAGCGUUGCGAUCUAUACGCGCCAGAACGGUGAGUUUGCCUCGGGUUAUGUGAAAAAUUUGAACCGCACGGUUCUGAUUAAUCGGAAAAGUCAUUGAAAUUGUUUCUCUUUUUUAUCAUAUUUUUUUAGAAGUCCCACUGUGAAAAGAAAUAAUUCGUUGGACAGAAAACAAAAGAUCUCUGAAGUUAGAAUUAAUUCGAUCACUCCACGGUAGAGUUUCAAAACGAGCAGUUCAGGACGCGAUGGGCCUCCUGGUGGAGCUGUCGUCGCUGUGUGAGCCUUCCGUGGCGAUGGAGCGCGUCUUGCCCUACUUCGUUCACAUGUUCUCCGAGCCUGAGCCUCAGGUCCGAGCUGCCGCCGUCUUCUCCGCCACGGACCUCCUUGCCGACAUCAAGCCCACUACCUACGAGGAGUCCAUCGUUUUUGUCGACUAUCUAUUCCCCGAAUUGGUUUGUGCUCCUUUCAUAUCUAUCAUUUUUUGGCAAUAAAACAGAUUCCUAAUCGAAAUAAAACCUUGUGAGAGUGAAAAGAAAUAUUUCCAAACCUUCCUGAGAAGUUUCGCAAAGUUUUGAUUUGUAACAGCUCUGAAAGAAAACAAGUUUUUUCAGUCCUCCUUGCUCACCGAUGACUGUCCUCAACACGUUCUUUUCACGAUCGCUGCUUGUUUGGGGACGCUGGCGGAAACCGCACACAAGUCGGCUGCAAAUCACAUUUUCUCAGGCAACCGAGAAUAUUUGCAGGUUUAUGGUUGAAGGCAGAAGCAUCCGUGCAGUGAGCAACGACGAGGACAUUUCUAUUGCCGAGACUCUUUCCGGUGAGCUUUCUUACAGAAAAAGCUGGCCUAUAAUAACAGGAAAACUGUUUCAAUCCGUUUAUUAUAAGUAUUUUUCGAGUGUUUUUAGGCCACCUGAUUAUCUAUUUUCCGAAUGAAAAGCACUUCUUCUAAAAGGUCUUAAUUUCAACUAUAUAGUUGAUUACGCAAAUACAGGCUAAAAAACUACCUAGAUUUUUGGAUUUGACUAAAUGAAUUCAGAAGGGCAGCUAGAGAGUGACAAAUCGCGUGUUCUUCUCGAUUCGGUCAGCUCGAUUUUCAUGUCUCUCGGCAGUCAGGACGUCGUCCGCCACUGUCUCGUCAACCCACAGUCUCUCGUCAAACUCUACAAUUUUUUCAACCAAAUGGGAGGUCAGCCCUUCAAAUAUUCGGUUUUUGAUCAAUCCCUCUCUGUGAUCCUCAAAAUAAAAUGUCAAUGGGAUAGCCCAUCAUCAGAAAUUAAAUUCUUUGAGCCACUCCCUUUUACUGUAGCCGGGUUACGGUAAGUAGGUGAUCACCUGCGUAUCUAAGAAUUUAUGAAUUUUUCAGAGAAACAUGUAUAUCAAUCGAUAGGUAAUGCAAUUUUAGAAACUUUUUCAAUACAUACCAUCUUGGGUUACUGUGUAAAUGUUUUGAUUUUGAAAUACGAUACCCCGAAAUAGGUCUUUGGUCACCAAUUCCAUUUUCCUUAAAACGUUACUUCUCUCAAAGAGGUGUCAUUUCAUGUUCUACAAAUGAAUAUCAUUUCAUGUAAAAUUAUCGAAGACCGUCAUGUCGCAAAAUCACUCCGAUAGUGCGCAACUUGGCUUUUCGCAGCAAAGGCCGACCUUGGAAAACGGCCAAUAAAAUAAUUUUAUUAUGAAACUUUCUGCUCACAUUAAAAAGUUUGCAGACGGAGAUAGCCUGGCCAAGUUCAUCAUCACUUUUUUGAACGUGAAGACUGAUUGGCGCCUUCGUGCCGCUUUUUUCGAUUGGCUUCCGUUGUGCGUUCAGAGGCACACUGCAGGAAUCCACACACUUCUUCAUCAGGUACUUUUUCUCUUAAUUCUAACGAUUUUUUUUCAUUUCAAAGAAUAAAUCUUUGUGAUAACAUUGAAAAGAUAACUUUUUACAGGGGUUGCAAGAUCAGGAAGAGUGGGUCGUGGUUAGAGCCAUCGGAUGUGUUCACGCUCUUCUUUUGAAUGAUGUUCGGGUUAUCUAUUUGAUGAAAUAUGCUUUUUAUCUUCAUUACGUUAAAUAACGUGGUCAAAAUUAAAUCUAGGAUUGCCUCAUUUCGAGAUCCAAAACUUUUAAAAAUUUAUUCUCGAGCAUUUUAAAUAAUUUUGAGCCAUUCUCGUUCUUCUCCCAUUUAAAUCUUUAUAAUUGAAGUAAAUGAAUUUUUUCGAAAUUUUAUGUUCUCUUUUCAGUCUUUGGACCGAGCUUCUCUCAUUGAGCUUCUCCCCGACCUGACUCCAUUUCUGGUUCAUCCGGUAGGCUGUUCUCCCUGAUUCUUUCGAACAUUGCUUCAUUCAAGAACGAAUGGAUCAGAAUGUCGGUUAUAAACGUCCUGGUGGCCGUGGAAUCUCGUUGGUCUCUAGCAGACGUCCACGUCAAAGUUCUGCCUCUCGUCAAACCUUUCGUCCAAUCCGACGUUCGGUUGAUUCGUCUCAACAGCAAGGUGAAGCUUGCAAGGAAAAUGAUAUUCAAAAAUAAUAACAAAAACAUUCAAAAAUCUAUAAAGGUGAAUGAGGCUCUGAGAAAAUUCUGUAAACCCAUUUAUUACAAUUCGUGAAGUGCCUGGAUAGAUGAAAUGGACACCUGAAAACCUUCUAAAAUUGGAAAUAAGUUGGAAGAUACAUGAAAACAAAGAUUUUUUUAAAUGAUUUUUGCUCGUUUAUUUCGAUUGAAAAAUUCACAUUCCUCUUGAUCUACUUCUAUGGUUUUAAUCGAUUUUUUCCUUAAAACCUUCUUUCUCAUAGAAGAAUUCUAUGGAUCAAAAUAAUAGGAAUAACGUGAGAAAACUGAUCAAUCCAUGGCCAAAUUCAGAAACACCUGUGAAACUUUUAUCAAUCUUGUUUUUCAAAGAAAGUUUGGUUUUUUAAAGGUGGUGCUGACGAACUUGUUGGUGGAUUGUAUUCCGCGCGAUGUUUGGCGGCGGCUAAUUUCUUUGGGACUCGAAAGUACCAGGAAACUCGUCGCUCUUCUCGGUGCGUCUUUUCUCCAGUUUCACUCAACUGAAUCGAAACCUUGCAGAUGCGCAUUUGAACAGAGGAGCCAAGUUCGAAUCAAGCGACCAGUGGUUUUUGAGGGUCGGUUUUAAAUACGGAGUUAGAGUUUAGAAUAAAUAGAAACUAUUAAGAAUGUUUCUCCAGUUCUUGAUGAGGUUAAAUAUCAAUUGGAAAACAAUAUCUCAGUGUUCGAACUAUCUGUUUUUUAGAUGGAAACAUCUCUCAUUGCAAGUUCAGUUUUUGCGAAAGUUUCAUAAUGUUUUUAAAGCUAUCUUAGACUCAAAUUUCGCAUCCUGUUACAUUUCUGGCUCAUUAAGAAGUCUCAGUGAAUUUUGUAAUAUAACUGAAAUUAUUGAAAUACGUGAAGAGGAGAAAGGAUAACUAAACUUUGAAGAGUCAGAGAUAUUUCGCAUUACGCAGAAAUCGCGUUGAACACGUUAAAAAUAAUUUUGGUAUAUAAUCAGGAGAAGUGUUUUGUUUUGUUUGCUCAGCAGCCUUUUAAACGCUAAACAAAGAUAGUUCUAUUUUUCAAAGAAUUUUUCUUAGAAAAAGUAUUGAAAUUUGAAAGAUCAAGGGGAAAUUUCAGCUCUUCCCCAGAGGCGAUGGAUGGCUAUCGUCAGAGGCGCGAAACGCAGGCGAAGGAGGGCGGCAGACGCAGGAAGAAGCGCGAGAUCAGAAACUCCGGAUGCUCUUCGCCUUCCGUACCAUGCUGCCCAAAAUGGCCGACUUCCGCACAACGUACGCUCUCUUUUGAAGACAAUUUUGAUUUUUCCAAUUUUUGAAAUGUACCACUCAUGAAUAUGUGCCUGAAGAAAAGAAUAACAUUUGAGGGAGGGAAUGGAGUCGAUGUUGACGCGCCAGAUGGGAAUCGUGGAUCUCUCUUCAAAACUCCAUGAACGCGUCCGGAGAAAGAGAUUCGCCUAUGGACCGCGGCCUUUCGAAAGCGACAGUAGGGUCAGAUUUUCUUUUCAUGCAAUCGAAGUUUCUACGAUAUUUUGUUCAUUGUCAGAUAAAUGAAAACCUCUCUUGAAAAUAUGGAAAUUUCUAGUUUUUCGUGUUCCCGAAGUUAAACUGACAGUUGGCUAGUGUUUCAGAGUGAAAUAUUUUCAUAGCUCUCUCAGUCUUUUCUUCAAAGUAAUAUACAAAGUUUCUUGCUGGGUCUUCAAAAGCGCUGAAAUUUUUUCUCGAAGAAAGAAAAAAUAGAAAAUUCACAGUUCUUUCGGAAAACUGAAACGCGUGCCUGAUACCAACCACGUCUCAUUUUUGAAAUUGUGUCAAUUAUCCAGAAUAAUUUCUUCAAUUCGUGAAUCUAAAGGCGGCCAGUAGACGUUUUUAAAGACAAAUGUAACUUUUCGCACUUGAGAAGAAACAAAUUAUUUUGCAGGUUGUUGUGAGCUCCACGAUGAAUCGUGAAUGGAACGAAAUGUUUGGCGACGCGUUCGAGCAGGACGAUGAGCGUCGCGAAGCGAAUACCGCCGGCACCAGUUCGUUUUUUCUCGACUCUUUUUGAGAUUCUGCAGCAUAAAUUUUUCCAAAAAAAGGGUUUUUUUUGUGCUAUAAUGAAGGAGUUUUCAGUGCGUGGCUCUUUGUACGAGUCACAAGUGAACGCUCUUCUGACGCAUCUCAACGAGUAUCACUACCGAAACGUCGCCUCCAGAAAAUCCUCUCUCAUGUACUUUUUUCCUCUGUCACAUUAGUUUCAUAUUGGUCGUUCAGGAAAAGUCAAACGGGACAGUCGAUCCGUGGAGCUCUCGUAACUCAUCUCCAUGAACACUCCCAGCAGAUCACCAAGUACGGAGUCGGAAAUCAUCAGAUAAAGCUGGAUUCCUUCAGAUUGGCGGUUCACGGCGACGGCGAACACUUUGCGAGCUCUUCAGCUGACGGAACGGUCAGAAUCUGGAGACGUCGGACGGUGGUCGGCGAGGGCUCCGGGGCCAUCAGAAGCGACCAGCUCUGGACUCCCAGUCGUUAGUUUUUUUUUUUCUUCUUUUUGAAAAUUAAAGCUCAGAUAAUUUUACUUUGCAAAGUAUCAGAAACGAUAUGAGAAAUUUUAUGAAUCAAGUAGCAUCAUUCGAAGAAAGAUAAGGUCACAAUGUUUUUUACGAUGCUCUUACCACCAUUUUCGUCAUAUAGCAUGUUUUGGUGCAAACACACCGCGGUGCAACUUCACAAACUCAAGUGAAUCAGAAAUUGAAGAAUUGUAGAAAUUAAAAUUUUCCACAUUUCUACUGAGUUUGAUUGCAAAAAACCACUAAAAUAAAAGAAAAUACUUGCGGCGGACGCCGUGAUCAGCACUGAGCAUUCAGUAGUCUUCUUUCUAUCAAUCAGCCUUCCCCAACUGUUUUGAAGGAAUUUUGCGUUUUUAUGCUCAUGAAACGUUCCUAGGAAAUCGGAAGAGCGUGAGGAGCGUUGGAUGGGCGACGAACAACUACGCGGUGGCGGCUGUCGACGACGGCCAACUCGUUUGGGCCGACGUCUCCACGGGCAUCAAGGAACUCUCCACUGUCAGUGGCUCAGUGAAAUCGAAAAUGUCACGAAAAACGAUUCAUCACAGAGAAAAUACGGAAUUUUUAGCGCAUUCGUAGAGAAAAAUUUUCAAAAGAUUUUCUGAGUUUCAACACUUCUUUUUUGAAGAUAAACAUUUCUCGGUUAUAAAUGAGUUUCGCAAUGGUUUCUCCGUUACAAAUAUGAGCCUACUGAAAUAAGAUUUGAUUGACGUUUUUGGACGGAACUUUUUUCAGAUCCAAUUGCCUCCAGAGGACGGCGCCCCCAUGGAACUUCACUCUUUCGGUCCGCUUUCCUUCGUCAGAACUCAUCACGGCGUUCUCUACGGCCUCGACACCAGGUUCAAUUUGGCAUCUUUUGUAAAAUAAACUGUAUUUUCAAGAGUUGCGCGGUCUAAUGGACCACUGGGCAAGCACGAGGUUUGGAGGAAAAAGAUCAAUAACGACGACGGAUUGGUACUUUCUCCGUGGAAAAUACCCACACAAGUUGAUUUCGUAGGUGACCUGCUCGACGGUGGAUCCGUGGCAACAGGCUUGGAUGGUCGUCGGAACAACGGCCAAAUCGAGCAACCUUUUCCUUUGGGACCUGAGGUGAAACAUUGGAAACGAUCCAACACUGAUUAUCAAAAAAAGAUGACUCGAAGUGGCGCGAAAAUCGAGUCCGAAGCAUUCUUGAACCUGAAAAUCAAAGUGCCCGAGGCUAUCAAGCCUCAGCAACGCCGUCAAAAUUUUGCAACUUCUCGAAGUUUUUUUUUUCGAAAAAUCUCCACAUUUUCACAAAUCUGCAAUUGAAACUUGUUGUGCGGGGAUUUGGUCAACGUAGAUUUUUACUCAGGUUCCAUGAAGAAGUGAUCAGUUGGAAGUCGCCGCAAGGGCUGCGGCCGAUGGGCGUCUGGACCAACUCGACGGCUUCCCAGAACACUCCAGAACUCUUCGUCGCCUACAACUUGAGCGGCGACGUCAGCAUGUUCGAGUUGAGCGCCCAACUCACCAGGUGCCUCCGAAGCUCCCUUUAUUUGGCUCAUAAUCAACCCUUUCUAAGAACGAAAGUGCUUCGUAGCGAGUCGAGGUCGUCUAUUGGUGCUCAUUCCCGACCUUUGGACUCUGUUGUGGUUGGUUUUCGUCAAGAAGAGAAAAAUUAAAUUAAAAAAAGGGCUAACAUUCGAUCUCUAGUUUCCAGAUUAUUCGAGAAAUUUCGAAGUAGUAGAAAUGUGGGGGUGUAGAUGUUUCGCCGAGAAAUGUGUCGCUAGAUUUUUUUUUAAUAAGGUGUCUAGGAUCCACGUUGUUCCCGAAGUAGAGUAAUAUAACUCAAAAAAUAAUUUUUUGUUGGAAUUUCUUUCUACGACAUUUUCGCCACUACUCAAAACACUUUUUGAAUCUUCGGAAACUCCGAAAAUUGACGAAAAGUUUUGGGGCUAAAGACAGUUCUUGGAGCUUUUUGGGUUUAAAAUUCCGUUAAAAAAUCAAAAUUCAACGCAGCAUUAGAUUUAAAAAAAAAAAUGAAAACUUGAAAGGAAGUUUCUUAGGGAUUUUUAAUUUUUUGUCAUGUCACAAAGCAGGUUUCAAGGCUUGUCAGUCUUGAAGGGAUUAUCUAUCGAGAAUUUAUUUCCGAUGCUUGAAGGAUACCCACGACGCAGUUUCGUCGCUGCAGACGCGAGCUUUGUGCGUGUGCGAGUUGACUGGGACGGUGUACACCGGAGACACAGAAGGCUCCCUCAGACGCUGGAACACGUCCCGCGCCGCCCUGUGUCGAACAAUGAGUGCCAGACCGAAAGGUGAGAAAGAGACGGCAGCCGAUGGACGAAGAUUUCUCCUUCAGGUCGCAUGUCCCUCAUGACGGUUUACGAAGAGACGCCGCCGAACCAGCCGCCGCCGAUGCUCAUCUACGAGUGCAGCGUGACGAGCAACUCAAAGGAACACCGACCCACGGUUCCGUUGGAGACCAAGGUCGUUGGCUAAAGUUGAAAUGAUUGAAAGUCCACGAGUGAAAUGGUCCAAAUUGGUUCCCAACACUCCUUCGGAUAUCUGCCAAUUCAUCAAGUUUUGAACCUACAUAGAAAAAGUGUCUUGUCGUUCAAUCACAAGCCAAAAAAAAAACAACUUUCAAAAGUGAGAGCUAAACAAAAGUUAAUCACAAUUUUUUCCAGCCGGCGACGUUCCAUCGUACUCCAAUAACCGAUAUUGCGCUUCUGAACGAAACUCUAGUGAGCGCCUCGGCAGAUGGGAUCAUCAAAGUUUGGAAAUAGUUUUUUGUCUUUGCCUAUUGCUACCCUCAUAAUGAAAAUAUAUUGCACUUCCAAUGGGUUUUUGUACGUACUGUAUAUAGACCUUGUAAUAUUUUGCUGAAUAUGUGUAUGUAAAUGGUUCACUUUGUAAUUUUUUGUUAUGGAAUGGCUCUUUUUCGACUUGUUAAUAAAUAAAAUGGUUACGAAUUUGAUUAUCCUCAACUCAAACUAAAAUCGACAGGGAAUGAGUGCCAUGAAUAGACGCUUUUGUCUUCUUUUGAGUUAAAUAUUUCAGUUUUAUCCCGGUGUUGAAGUUCUGAAAAAAUGUGAUGAAUCUACAAGCUUUUAGUUUUCAAACAACAGGAAAUUAAACCGCGUCUGAACGACUCCACCCUAUUCGUUGAAAAAAAUUUAAUGAAAUUUAUUAGGCUGAAAUUUUAAGAAUCCCUAUGGACAAAUUCUAAGAGUUCAAGUCAUUCACCUUCAGUGUUUUCCUAUGGCCGCCCAAAAAUCAUAUUCUUCAUGAAAGGCUGACAAGAAGUCCUUCCAGCCGGGGCGCGUCUUCGUCCGACGUUGCAAAUUGUUUGUGCGCAAGAGCCAUAAAUGGUGCGAAUUGGUUGGCAGAAGCCGUGGCGAGAUGAUGAACGGCCGAUUCCUCGGGGUGUCGUUGCCGCCUUCGACUCGGUCUGUCUGGCUGCCUAUAAAACCGGACAGGAGGACUCGGCAGGGGGUCCGUCUGUCCGUUUGUCGUACUUAGCCGUGAUUUCGGGUUUUGUGCACUGUGUCGUCGCUCGUAAAAUCGUCAAGCCGCCAGAAAUGCAUCCGAGUCUUUUGCCCCUAGUUUUGGUCCCAACAGUCCGCAGUUGA